AAGCCACGGACUUUGAGCACAGUUGAGAAGAUGAAGAAGAUGCUGCUUCCACUGCUCAUCGUUGCACUCGUCUCGUCGCCGUGGCCGCUGCCGGCGGCAGCCGCCAUAGAGCGCCAGCAGCAGCAGCAGUGCGGCGGGGUGGACAUCCCGUUCCCGUUCGGCAUCGGACACGGCUACCUCGAGACGCCGGGCAGCAGCACCGAGCAGCCCUUCAACGUCACCUGCAGCCACCGCACCGACGACGGCGCGCCGCGGCCCAAGCCGACCCCCAUCGUCGACGGCAUGGAGGUGCUCCACAUCGACGUGCUCCGGGGGAAGAUCCACGUGAGGAGCAUGGUCAGCUCGUGGUGCUACAACGCCACGUCCGGGUCCAUGGGCAACCAGAGCCUCUGGUCGUACGAGUCCACGACGUUCCGCGUCUCCGACGACGACAACAGGCUCACCGUCGUCGGCUGCAACGCGUUCGGGUACAUCUGGACCCGGGACGGCGGCGCCGACGACAAGUACCUGGUGGGGUGCAACGCCACGUGCUCGCGCGGCGUGCGGUACCUGGCCGACGGCUCCUGCAGCAACUUGGGCGGCUGCUGCCAGGCGCCGCUCCCGCCGGGGUUGUCCUUCGACCUGUCCUUCGUCGGCUACGACAGCAGCGCCGCCGGCGACAUCCCAGGGCUCGGCCCGACGAGCCCCUGCAUCUACGCCAUGGUGGUCGACAAGGAGGCCUUCGAGUUCCGGACGAAGUAUGUCACCACCGGUGAGCUCUUGAGCGCCGGCGGCUCCUGGGAGGUGCCUAUGGUGCUGGACUGGGUGGUGGGCAACCAGACGUGCGAGGCGGCGCAGAAGAACAGGACGGCCUACGCCUGCCACAACAGCGAGUGCUCCAACGCCAAGAACGGCGCUGGGUAUGUAUGCAGCUGCCCCAAAGGCUACGAUGGAAAUCCUUACAAUCCUGAUGGCUGCAAAGAUAUUGACGAGUGUAAGGCAGCAAACCGGACAUGCCCUGCCCGUAGUAUCUGUCGCAACACCCCUGGAAGCCACGAAUGCUACGAGCUCAAAUGGCUACUGGGAAUAGUGGGUAGCUGCAUCUUCGUGGUCCUGCUAGGAACCGGCAUGUCUUGCGCGUACGCAAUUCGAAAGAAGAAGCGGCUCGCCGCGGUCAAGCGGCUGCACUUCAAGCAGCAUGGCGGCUUCCUCCUCUUCGAGGAGAUGAAAUCGCGUCAGGGUCAGGGACGCUCCUUCACGCUGUUCACAGAGGAGGAGCUCGAGGAUGCAACCGACAAGUUCGAUGAGCGGUUCGUGCUCGGCAAGGGUGGCAAUGGCACCGUGUACCGGGGCAGCCUCAAGGACGGGAGGGCCGUGGCGAUCAAGCGGUGCAGGGUCGCCGCCGACGAGCGGCAGCGGCGGGAGUUCGGCAAGGAGAUGUUCAUCCUGUCGCAGGUGAACCACAGGAACAUCGUCAAGCUCUACGGGUGCUGCCUCGAGGUGGAGGUGCCCAUGCUUGUGUACCAGUUCAUCCCCAACGGCAACCUGUACGAGCUCAUCCACCGCGAUGGCGCACCGCCACCGUUCGCCGUGCGGCUGAAGAUCGCGCAUGAGGCCGCGGAGGCGCUGGCCUACCUGCACUCCAUGGCAUCGCCGCCUAUCAUCCACGGCGACGUCAAGUCUCCCAACAUACUCCUUGAUGAGAACUACACCGUGAAGGUGUCGGACUUCGGUGCAUCGGUGCUGGCGCUUACUGACAACUCGCAUCUCGUAACAUUGGUCCAAGGCACGCGCGGGUACCUGGACCCGGAGUACAUGCAGACGUGCAGGCUGACUGACAAGAGCGACGUGUACAGCUUCGGCGUCGUGCUCCUGGAGCUGCUCACGCGCAGGAAGGCGCUGGCCAUGGCGGCGCCCGAGGAGGAGCGGAGCCUCGCCGCGCAUUUCCUGUCCUCCGUUAGGGACGGCAGGCUUGGCGGGCUUCUGGACGCGCCGAUCAAAGAUGAAGUCGGAGGCGAGGUGAUCGAGAUGGUGGCGGCGCUGGCGAAGCGGUGCCUGGAGAUGUCCGGCGAGAGGAGGCCCUCCAUGAUCGAGGUCGCCGAGGAGCUUGACAGGAUUAGGAAGAUGUGCGUGUCAGGUGACGGCAUCACUAUUCUUGUUAGUGAUGAUAAUUGAAGCAUGAUUAGAUUGUGUAGUGUACGGUGUUGGAGAUACGGUGUUACCGUGUACUACACGUACUAAUUCUGCUAGUUUUUAGUAGGUCACCAAAUAAACUUGCACUGAUCAGUGAGAU